AUGUCGUCAUCUAAUAAACCUCCUAAAAAGAAGAAGCAACAGUUAAAAAGCUCUGAUCUCGCUACUCCUGGUAGUAAUUAUGGGUAUGGGUAUUCUGGUGUGGUCACUUCUUCCAAUACCGCUAUAUCAAAGUAUGCGAAUUAUACAAAUACAAAAACUGUCAUGACCCUUGUGACCAAGCAAAAGGAGAUAGUAGAAGCUUUGACAACCCAACAAAAUAAAUUAAUAGAAAAACUGAGUAAUGAUAAUGUGAAGCUUAUUAAAUAUAUAAGUAAUGAUCAGAAAAAGACUAUAAAAAAUUUAACCAGUUCACAUGAAAAGACUAUCAAGAAUCUAAGCAAUAAUCAUAAAGAAGUCAUCAAGAAUUUAAGCGAUAACCAAACAAAGGUGGUAACGAGUUUGAGCGAAAAUCAUGCUAAUGUUGUAAAAACUAUGAACAAUAAUGAAGUAAAAAAAUCAAAAUAUACACAUGACACGUAUAGAAAGGUUAUUGACUCCAUGCAGACCAACUAUAACAAGAGAUUGCAGAGUCAGGAUGAUUUGAUCAAGAUGCUGGCUAUUAGUAAUAUUAAUGUGACGAAUAAGUUGUUAGACUAUGUAACUAGUACUAGUAAAGUAAAAAAUACUUCAGAGGAUAAUAUGACAAAUUAA